AUGCUACAUAUUGAGGAUGCAAAGUUCCCACUUUCGAACCUCACAGUGAAUUGGGAUAACAAGAUUUACACUCAAAAGAGCGGCUCCUGGAGGGAGCUGGCGCGCCUCGCCGCGCUGCUCCUGCUGCUCCUGCGCUCCGUCAAGCUGCUGCGGCGGCGCUUCCGGCUGCUGCUAGUGCUCGCCGUGGUGUCCGUGGGGCUCUGGACUCUUUAUUUGGAACUGGUGGCGUCGGCCCAGGUCGGCGGGAACCCCCUGAACCGGAGUGGGAAGGGGGCGCUGCUCCUGCUGCUCCUGCGCUCCGUCAAGCUGCUGCGGCGGCGCUUCCGGCUGCUGCUAGUGCUCGCCGUGGUGUCCGUGGGGCUCUGGACUCUUUAUUUGGAACUGGUGGCGUCGGCCCAGGUCGGCGGGAACCCCCUGAACCGGAGGUAUGGCAGCUGGAGAGAACUGGCCAAGGCUCUAGCCAGCAGGAACAUUCCAGCUGUGGAUCCAAAUCUUCAGUUCUACCAUCCCCAGAGGCAAGGCCUCCAGGACCAAGACUUUGAGCGAGGUGGGAGCAGUAACAGCAGCUACCUGCAGUGGAAUAAAGCUGUCCCCUGGCUCUCAGAGUUCCGGGGCCGCGCCAACCUGCAUGUGUUUGAAGACUGGUGUGGCAGCUCCAUCCAGCAGCUCAGGAGAAACCUCCACUUCCCUCUGUACCCCCAUAUCCGCACAACUCUGAGGAAGCUGGCCGUAUCUCCCAAAUGGACCAACUAUGGCCUCCGCAUCUUUGGCUACCUGCACCCCUUCACCGAUGGGCCAAUCCAGUUUGCCAUUGCUGCAGACGACAAUGCGGAAUUCUGGCUGAGCCAGGACGACCAGGUUUCAGGUCUUCAGCUACUGGCCAGUGUGGGCAAGACUGGAAAGGAGUGGACUGCCCCUGGAGAGUUUGGGAAAUUUCGGAGUCAAAUUUCCAAGCCAGUGAGCCUGUCAGCCUCCCGCAGGUACUACUUUGAGGUGCUACACAAGCAGAAUGACGAGGGCACUGACCACGUGGAAGUCGCAUGGCGACGGAAUGACCCUGGAGCCAAGUUCACCAUCAUUGACUCCCCUUCCCUGUCCCUCUUCACAAAUGAGACGUUCCUAAGGAUGGAUGAGGUGGGCCACAUCCCACAGACAGCAGCCAGCCAUGCAGGCUCCCCAGACUCUCUUCCCACAGAUGAGCAGCCCCUCGCUGACAUGCUUCGGCCUGACCCCCGGGACACCCUCUAUCGAGUGCCUCUGAUCUCCAAGUCUCAUCUCCGCCACGUCCUGCCUGAUUGUCCCUACAAACCCAGCUACCUGGUGGAUGGGCUCCCCCUGCAGCGCUACCAGGGCCUCCGGUUUGUUCAUCUGUCCUUUGUUUACCCCAAUGACUACACCCGCCUUAGCCACAUGGAAACCUAUAACAAAUGCUUCUACCAAGAAAACACAUUCUACCAGGACAGGUUCAGCUUUCAGGAGUACAUCAAGAUUGACCAGCCUGAGAAGCAGGGGCCAGAGCAGCCAGGUUUUGAAGAAGGCCUUCUAGAAGAGUCCCAGUAUGGAGAGGCAGCAGAGGAGACCCCUGCUUCCACUGAGCCAGAGGGAAAACACGUGCCUACCUCUACCCCUGGGCAGGAUGUCACUGACUACCACCUCCGGAGCCUGCGGAAACUCCUGGCCCAGCCCCGGGAGGGGCUGCCUGCCCCCCUUUCCAAGCAGAACUCUAUAACUCCCUUCCCAGUGAAGACCAGCAAUAUCCCAGUCCAGCAAGCAGAGAAGAUGGAGAGAAAACCCAGACCUGAGCCCAGCCAAAAUCCACCUCAUUCUGACAAGUGGCCUGGGCACCGGAUGGGGAACCUACCUCAAGUCACAAGGCCCAGGCCCACUGGUGAUAGCCCCAGGAAGACUCUAGGGCAGUCCCAGUGGCUUAAUCAAGUUGAGUCAUACAUUGCAGAGCAGAAGAGGGGUGACAGGAUGGAGCCUCUGGCCCCGAGGAGGGGUUGGCCUGGGGAGGAGAAGGUGGUAGCAGCUGCAGGCCAGGAAGGGCAAGUGGAGGGAGAGGAAGAGGGUGAAGAAGAAGAAGAGGAAGAGGAUGUGAGUGAGGUGUUUGAAUACGUGCCCAUGUUUGACCCAGUGGUAAACUGGGACCAGACUUUCAGUGCACAGAACCUUGACUUCCAAGCCCUGCGGACUGACUGGAUUGAUCUGAGCUGUAACACAUCUGGCAACCUGCUGCUUCCGGAGCAGGAGGCUCUCGAGAUCACACGGGUCUUCAUAAAGAAGCUCAACCAGAGGAGCCGGGGGAGAUACCAGCUGCGGCGCAUUGUGAAUGUGGAGAAGCGGCAAGACCAGCUACGUGGGGGUCGCUACCUCCUGGAGCUUGAGCUGCUGGAGCAAGGCCAGCGCCUGGUGCGGCUCUCUGAGUAUGUGUCUGCGCGAGGCUGGCAGGGCAUCGAUCCAGCUGGUGGGGAAGAGGCCGAGGCCCGGAACCUGCAGGGCCUGGUGUGGGGCCCACACAACCGCCAGAGACGUGUCUUGAAUGUCCGGGCCCCAGAGCCCAAGCUGUGCUGGCCCCAGGGCUUCUCCUGGAAUCACCGAGCAGUGGUCCACUUCAUCGUGCCUGUGAAGAACCAGGCGCGCUGGGUGCAGCAGUUCAUCAGAGACAUGGAAAAGCUGUUCCAGGCCACCGGCGACUCACACUUCAACAUCAUCAUCACUGACUAUAGCAGUGAGGACAUGGAUGUCGAGAUGGCCCUGAAAAGGUCCAAGCUGCAGAGCUACCAGUACAUGAAACUAAGUGGAAACUUCGAGCGCUCAGCUGGACUUCAGGCUGGCAUAGACCUGGUGAAGGACCCGCACAGCAUCAUCUUCCUCUGUGAUCUCCACAUCCACUUCCCAGCUGGCAUCAUUGAUACCAUCCGGAAGCACUGUGUGGAGGGCAAGAUGGCCUUCGCCCCCAUGGUGAUGAGACUUCAUUGCGGGGCCACUCCCCAGUGGCCUGAGGGCUACUGGGAAGUGAAUGGAUUUGGACUGCUUGGCAUCUACAAGUCAGACCUAGACAGGAUCGGAGGCAUGAACACCAAGGAGUUCCGAGACCGCUGGGGUGGGGAAGACUGGGAGCUGCUGGACAGGAUCCUCCAAGCAGGCCUGGAAGUGGACCGUCUCUCCCUCAGGAACUUCUUCCAUCACUUCCAUUCCAAGCGAGGCAUGUGGAAUCGCCGCCAGAUGAAGAUGCCGUAAUCCCAAGGGGUGGCCCACUGGACCGACCACUUCCUGCCCCUUGACUCGCGGCUGCUCCCCAGCACCCUGUGGACUGCUGGGGGAAGUGAGGUGGGGAGCAGAAGUCAUGGCUGGGCCCCCAAGGCCUCAGCAUAACACCCCCGCUCCACUGGGAGCUGUCCCCUUGCAGACAGCUAUCGAGGCCCCUCUCUCCAUCCUCUGGGCCUGCAGACGGAAGACGGAAGACUUUGUGAAGGGCAGCUUGAGGGGCUGCUCGCUCACAGUCACAGAGGCUGUGCAGUUAGGUCAGGGAGGGGAAGACCUGCUUGAGUGACAUCAUCCUACAUCUUUGAGGUGCGUGCCAGCAUCCACCCUGCGCUCCUCACAGGAACAGCGACCAGGAACUGGAAGCUCUUCUAUUGGACAUAUUUUAUUGGGGUUUCUUUCUUUCUUUUUUUUUUUUAAUCAGAAAAGCAAACCUUAAUUGUCCAAGACCCAGCAUUGACUCCAAAAGGGGGAUGGAGUGGUGCCUUUAGAGAGUGUCCCCACUUGCAUACCUCAGACCCACUCCCGUGUAGAGCUGUGUCCCUUGGUCUGUGAUCGGCAGCUGAUUUAUAACCAGAGGAGCUGGCCCCACGAGGAGCACAUCCUCUGCUCUACCCCCGGCCGUGCCUUGCAGAGACACGCACAUCUCUCCCAGGUGGUCACCAAACUGCUGGCCACCAAUUAGGGCAUUAACCUUACCCUCCAGGCAGCGCUGACUUCAGGCCCAUCAGAAGCACAGAACUGGCAUCCUCUUCCUGGUGCCACAGGGGUUGGGAGAUGAGGAAGUGGUGGGCAGUGGGCUCACCCUGGUGUUGGGCAUGUAGGCCAAGCAGGACAGGCAAGAUGGAGGAGGCAGAGGGGAAAGAGGAUGUGGGUGUACUAAGUAAACCAUGACGUAGAUGAGAGGAGGGGCCGGAGUCAGCGGGAAGGGAUGAAAAGGGAAGUGGGAAGCUUUGAGUCCUCGCAGCCCAGCUCCCCGGACUUGCCGUCCUGCAGGGAGAGCCCCAGCCGUGGCCUUGAGUGGAAGAAGAGGAAGGGGUGUGGGUGGAAGGGAACCAUAUAAUGGGCCAGGGUAGGAGGCAGCAGGGUGGCAGGUCUGGGGAGGUGAGGACGUGGUUCUGAGUUCUGUUCCCCAAGUGGAAGGGAGUAGGACUAGGAGGAACUGAAAAGUGAAGCAAGUUCAGGGAAAACAGCCCUCGGCCUUUAUAGUCGAGGCCACCCUUUCUGUCACCUGAUGAUCACACACUUACCUUGCACUAAUGAUCCCCAGGUGCCUUUGUGGUGGGGAUUUCUCUGCUGCUGCCGCCUCUGCCACUGCUGCUGAAUUCACCGCUAGUGCAGUGGACACUGGAUCCUGAGCUCUGCGGCUGCCUGGGAGGCCAGCACAGGGCUCCCUGCUGUGAGCAAGGGCUGAUGGUGGUGUGGCAGGCCCAGGCAGCUGGCCCAAGCCCCCUGCUGGGACAGUCAGUCCCAGGCACAGCAUUUGGAGGGUCUGCUUAGUGGGCCCUGUAUUCACCAAGAGCAUAAACUUUGCAUAGGGGAGAUUGGAGCCUGUUGAGAACCCUCGGGCUUGAAGAGAAUCCUUGCCUCCAUCUUAAGAAAUCAGGAAGCACAGGGCUUUUCAGUGACUCGGUGGCUUUUGGAUGCCCAUACCUGCCCUUGGGCUAUGGCUCUUUAGGGUCCCUGCUCCCGCUCACUGCCUUUGGGCAAGGUCUGUAGGGAGUAGGCAGAGCUACAGAUGGCCAGCUGUGGUGCUAGGUUUCUUUCUGGGGCCACUCUCAUCGUUGGGCAUUCACUGGGAGGCCUGAGCCAGUCCAAACAGCCCUCCUGCUUCUCUUCUCCUGGUAACAGGGCCAGCCCAGCCUCCCCUGCCCUGCCCACCACCCCCUUGCUCCUGGCCAGUGCCUUGUGUUUGUUACCUCCACACCAUCUGCCUUAAGGGGGAGGACCUGGCAAGGGCUCCUACUCUGUAGGGAAAUGUCUAGGGUGGGGGAGGGACUGGGAUGGUGGGGGGAAAGCAUUAAAUACUGCAUCUUCUUAGAAAA